CGGAACCAUAUGUGCAAUUAGUACCAUCGCAAAGAUGAAUCUUAAAAUUAUUUGUGCAAUUUUAGCAACUUCUCUGUGCGUUAGUGCCGAAAGUGUCUACAAGCAAAGAUUCUUGGAGCAGUACAACAAAAUGCACGAUCCAUCCAACGGCUAUUUUUCACCAAAAGGCAUUCCUUACCACGCCGUUGAAACUCUAAUAGUGGAAUCCUCGGACUACGGCCACGAAACCACUUCGGAAGCUCACAGCUACUACAUUUGGCUCGAAUCAAUGUACGGCGGCAUUACAAACGACUUUUCCAAGUUCAACGAAGCCUGGGAAAUCAUGGAAAAAUACAUCAUACCGGUGCACGAGAGCCAACCCAACACGGACCUCUACAACCACAGCCAUCCAGCGGGUUACGGCCCCGGAGGAGACUACCCGUCCGACUACCCCAUGGCCCCAGUGAAUCCCCCAGCACCGGUAGGAAUCGAUCCUCUGUACGAAGAACUUGUGGAGACCUACAACACCUCGGACAUCUACGCAAUGCACUGGCUAACGGACGUAGACAACAUUUACGGUUUCGGAAACAGCCCUGGAAAUUGCCAAUUGGGACCCAGCGAACCCGGACCAUCUUUUAUUAACACCUACCAACGAGGACCGAGGGAAACCGCUUUCAAAACCAUUCCGCAACCAACUUGCGACAAUUUCAAGUACGGAGGAAAAAUGGGCUUCGGAGAUUUGUUCUCGAUCGGUGAUCACGCCCCUAAUUGGAAGUACUCCGUUGCACCGGACGCAGACGCCAGGGCUAUUCAAGCAGCAUUCUGGGCCUCAAGGUGGGCUACAGCCGCGGGAAAACUCGACCAAAUCAAAGACACGCUAUCCAAAGCCAGCAAACUCGGAGACUACCUCAGGUACUGCUUCUUCGAUAAGUAUUUCAAACGAAUAGGCAACUGCAUCGACCCUUACAAGUGCCCGGGAGGUACUGGAAGAGACAGCGCGCACUAUUUGCUCGGCUGGUUCUUCGGCUGGGGAGGCUCCAUAGCCAAAGAGUACGGUUAUUCCUGGAGGAUAUCGGAGGGAGUCGCUCAUUUCGGUUACCAAAAUCCGAUGGCGGCGUACGCGUUAAUCAACGAACCCCACAUGACGCCGAAAGCGCCUAGCGCCGUAGGAGAUUGGGAAAAAUCUUUAGAAAGACAACUGGAGCUCUACGAGUAUCUCCAGUCGAAGGAAGGCGCUUUUGCUGGGGGAGUAAACAACAACUGGAACGACAGGUACGAAGAUCCGCCGGAGGAAAUAAAAGCGAACACUUUCCAUGGAAUGUGGUACUCUUGGGAGCCGGUUUCCUACGAUCCCCCGUCGAACCAAUGGUUCGGUAUGCAACCUUGGUCUACCGACCGCCUGGCGCAAUACUAUUACGUCACCGGCGACGAGAAAGUCAAGAAGGUUCUGGACAAAUGGGUGGGUUGGAUAUUAAAAGAAACCACUUUCAGCGGAAACUCCUUCCAAAUGCCGAGUACACUGGAUUGGGAAGGUGUUCCCCCGAACGUUCACUGUAAAGUCGUCUAUUACGGCAACGGUGUAGGUCCUGCGGCUGCAACUGCAAGAGCAUUGUCUUAUUACGCGGCCAAAUCCGGCAACCAAGAGGCCAAAAACCUGGCCAAGAAAUUGCUGGAUUCCCUGUGGGAGAACAACAGGGAUGAAAUCGGCGUGACGGUGGAAGAACAACCCGACUAUCACUUCAAUCAAUCCGUGUACGUGCCAGAAGGAUGGACCGGGGUUUAUCCCAACGGUGAUGUUAUCAAUUCAUCGGCCACUUUCGUUAGCAUUCGGUCCUUCUACAAGAAGGAUCCCCAGUGGGGCAAGAUCGAGGAAUACUUGAACGGUGGACCGGCGCCUAAAUUUUCUUAUCACAGAUUUUGGGAUCAAACCGAUGUUGCUUUAGCUUUUGGAGCUUAUGGAUUAUUGUUCAAUGAAUAAUUUUAUAUUUUAAUAAAAUGAAAAAAUAAUAU